GUUGUUGACAAUUUUACGUCGUCUGCUUCUCCACUAUUCACGAUAAAUUUUAGUAUUUUGUACUCAAUCAGGGUAAAUUAUCUGGUCAGCGAAAAUGCUGCCUUGCUUUGUUCGCCGGGCUGUAUUUUCAUUCAACCCCCGUUAUAGUCACGCCAAAAAUGUUAUUCCAAAUAUCCGCCAUCUGGUUACAAGCGUGGAUCCUUCGAGUGGCUUAACGGAAGAGCAGCAACAAAUUUACAAAACAGCACUAGAUUUUGCCCAUCUCGAAAUGAGACCUCAUAUGGCUGAAUGGGAUGAGAAUGAAAUUUUCCCAGUAGAAACAAUGAGAAAGGCAGCAUCAUUGGGAUUUGGUGCUAUUUACGCCAGGGAAGAUUAUGGUGGCACAGGACUUUCACGGCUUGAUGCUUCCAUCACAUUUGAAGCUCUGUCUCAAGGUUGUGUUUCUACCACUGCCUACAUUAGCAUCCACAACAUGUGUGCAUGGAUGAUAGACACAUUUGGAAGAGAAGAUUUAAGAAAAACUUGGAUCCCACAGUUGGCCAGCAUGGAAAAACUAGCUUCAUAUUGUUUGACUGAACCUGGAGCUGGAUCAGAUGCGGGCUCUCUGAACACCACUGCCAAGAAAUCUGGAAAUGACUUAAUUCUCAAUGGUUCAAAGGCAUUCAUCAGCGGAGGCGGUGAUACCGAUGUAUAUUUAAUCAUGUGUAGGACUGGUGAGCCAGGUCCAAAAGGUAUUUCGUGCGUCCUGGUUGAAAAGGGCACACCUGGUCUUAGCUUCGGCAAAAAGGAGAAGAAAAUAGGAUGGAAUUCUCAACCUACUAGAGCUGUCAUUUUGGAAGAUUGUCGCGUUCCUAUUAGCAACAUUAUCGGCAAAGAAGGCCAAGGCUUUAGCAUUGCGAUGAAAGGGUUAAACGGUGGCAGAGUAAAUAUAGCAUCUUGCUCUUUGGGAGCGGCUCAAGCGAGCCUCGAAAUUUCUGCCGACCAUCUCAAAGUGCGAAAACAGUUCGGUAAACCACUUGCCGAUUUUCAGCAUAGCCAAUUUCAAAUGGCAAGAAUGGCUACAAAAUUGGUUGCGUCGAGAAUGAUGAUUCGGAAUGCGGCUACAGCCCUGGAAGAAAGUCAUCCUAAUGACGUCACUCUGUGUUCCAUGGCUAAACUAUAUGCUACUGAAGCAUGUUUCGAAAUUGUGAACACAGCACUUCAGCUACACGGAGGCUACGGUUAUCUAAAGGAUUACGCCGUUCAACAAUAUCUCAGAGACAUUCGCGUGCACCUUAUCUUGGAAGGAACUAACGAGGUUAUGCAAAUGGUGAUUGCCAAGGAUAUUCUGAAAUCGAAGUAAAUUAUUUUUAAUGGAAGCACUCGAUUUAUUAUUUUUCGUUUAUGUAUAACUUUGUUGUUAGUUAAUACUACACGAAGGAAGUGAAGCAAAUUGAGCUCGUAAUAAAAGAUACUGCCUGUAUAGUA